CGACGAAGCAGCCGCUGUACAGCGAUUGCAGCGAACGAACAAGCAGUUUGCGUUGUCACCUUUUGUCAGCCAUAUUUACGAAAUUCGCUCCUAGAAUAUCCAUCGUUUUUUCUAGUUUUUUUGCGUUAAAAACGCCAGAAUGGCGUUCACGGGUGACUCCAAGGCCCCAUUGAGGACUGUAAAAAGGGUACAGUUCGGAAUCUUGGCCCCCGAUGAAAUAAGGCGCAUGUCAGUCACAGAGGGCGGCAUUCGCUAUCCAGAGACGAUGGAAGCAGGUCGCCCAAAAAUGGGCGGCCUCAUGGAUCCCAGACAGGGUGUAAUAGAUCGCCAGUCUAGGUGUCAAACUUGUGCUGGCAACAUGACAGAUUGCCCGGGACACUUUGGACACAUAGAACUGGCGAAGCCCGUAUUUCACAUAGGAUAUAUCACAAAAAUUAUAAAAAUCCUACGUUGCGUAUGUUUUUAUUGCAGCAAGUUGCUGGUUAAUCCGACAAAUCCGAAAAUUCGUGAAAUAGUCAUGAAAUCCAAAGGUCAACCACGUCGAAGAUUGGCCUUUGUCUAUGAUCUUUGCAAAGGUAAAAAUAUUUGCGAGGGCGGUGACGAAAUGGACAUUAAAAAAGACGGUGACCAAAAUGAUCCGAACAAAAAACAAAGCCACGGUGGUUGUGGGCGUUAUCAGCCACAGAUACGACGAAGCGGUUUGGAUUUGACAGCCGAAUGGAAGCACGUCAAUGAGGAUUCACAGGAAAAAAAGAUUCCGCUGACAGCCGAGAGGGUUUGGGAAAUUUUCAAGCACAUAACUGACGAAGAAUGUUUUAUUCUUGGAAUGGACCCAAAAUACGCUCGACCCGAUUGGAUGAUUGCCACAGUGUUGCCGGUGCCACCUCUUCCGGUCCGGCCUGCUGUCGUAAUGAAUGGUUCUGCCAGAAAUCAGGACGAUUUGACACACAAACUUGCUGAUAUAAUUAAAGUUAAUGCAGAGUUGGAGAAAAACGAAUCUUCAGGCGCUGCAACACACAUAUUAGUUGAAAAUGUUAAAAUGUUACAAUUUCAUGUAGCGACAUUGGUCGAUAAUGACAUGCCUGGGUUACCGAGAGCUAUGCAAAAAUCUGGUAAACCUCUUAAAUCAAUCAAGGCACGUCUAAAAGGAAAAGAAGGUAGAAUCAGAGGUAACCUUAUGGGUAAACGUGUAGACUUUUCCGCACGUACUGUCAUUACACCAGAUCCAAAUUUACGUAUUGAUCAAGUAGGAGUACCGAGGAGUAUUGCACAAAACAUGACAUUCCCAGAAAUUGUUACACCAUUCAAUUUUGAGAAGAUGUUGGAACUUGUACAAAGAGGCCAUUCUCAAUAUCCUGGAGCCAAAUAUAUUAUCCGUGACAAUGGUGAAAGAAUUGAUUUGAGAUAUCAUCCGAAAUCUUCCGAUCUUCAUUUACAGUGUGGAUACAAAGUUGAAAGACAUAUUCGUGAUGGUGACUUGGUAAUCUUCAACCGUCAACCUACCUUGCACAAAAUGAGUAUGAUGGGUCACAGGGUCAAAGUCCUUCCCUGGUCCACAUUCCGUAUGAACUUGUCUUGCACAUCGCCGUACAACGCUGAUUUUGACGGUGACGAAAUGAACCUGCACGUAGCGCAAAGUAUGGAAACCAGAGCCGAAUUGGAAAAUCUUCACAUGACCCCCAGACAAAUUAUUACCCCACAGUGUAACAAACCUGUCAUGGGUAUUGUACAAGAUACUUUAUGCGCUGUUCGUAAAAUGACCAAAAGGGACGUGUUUAUUGAAAAAGAGCAAAUGAUGAAUUUACUAAUGUUUUUGCCUAUUUGGGAUGGAAGAGUGCCACGUCCUGCAAUCUUAAAACCAAAACCCCUUUGGACAGGCAAACAGUUAUUCUCUCUUAUAAUCCCUGGAAACGUGAACAUGAUAAGAACCCAUUCAACUCACCCAGACGAUGAAGAUGAUGGGCCCUACAAAUGGAUUUCGCCUGGAGACACUAAAGUUAUGGUAGAAAAUGGAGAACUCAUCAUGGGAAUUCUUUGUAAAGCUUCUCUGGGAGCAUCAGGAGGCUCCCUCUUGCAUAUUUGCUUCUUGGAAUUAGGUCACGAAGUAUGCGGAAGGUUUUAUGGUAACAUUCAAACAACCAUCAACAAUUGGCUGCUACUUGAAGGUCACAGUAUCGGUAUUGGAGAUACUAUUGCCGAUCCCAACACCUACUUGGAAAUCCAGAAAGCCAUUAAAAAAGCCAAAGAGGACGUAAUAGAAGUUAUCCAGAAAGCUCAUAAUAUGGAAUUGGAGCCCACACCCGGUAACACGUUGCGACAGACUUUUGAGAAUCAAGUGAACAGGAUUCUUAAUGACGCUCGUGAUAAAACUGGAGGUUCCGCCAAGAAAUCUUUGACUGAAUAUAAUAAUUUGAAGGCUAUGGUGGUAUCGGGAUCCAAAGGAUCGAACAUUAACAUCUCCCAAGUUAUUGCUUGUGUGGGACAGCAAAACGUUGAAGGUAAACGUAUUCCAUUUGGCUUCAGAAAAAGAAGUUUGCCGCACUUCAUCAAAGACGAUUACGGUCCCGAAUCAAAAGGUUUCGUAGAAAAUUCAUAUCUAGCUGGUUUGACGCCUUCUGAAUUUUAUUUCCACGCCAUGGGAGGCCGUGAAGGUCUUAUUGAUACUGCUGUAAAAACCGCCGAAACAGGUUAUAUCCAGCGUCGUCUUAUAAAGGCUAUGGAGUCUGUUAUGGUAAAUUACGACGGGACUGUACGUAAUUCUGUUGGACAACUUAUCCAGUUGCGUUAUGGAGAGGACGGACUUUGUGGUGAAAUGGUAGAAUUCCAAAAUCUUCCAACCAUCAAAUUAAGCACUAAAUCUUUUGAGAAGAAAUAUAGAUUUGAUCCUAGUAAUGAAAGAUAUUUGAGAAAAGUUUUCAAUGAAGAUAUUAUUAAGGAAAUUAUGAGCUCUGGGGACGUUAUAGCGGAACUUGAAAAGGAGUGGGAGCAAUUGCAGAAAGAUAGAGAAGCCUUACGUCAAAUAUUCCCUAGCGGUGAUACACGUGUAGUACUUCCAUGCAACUUGCAACGUAUGAUUUGGAAUGUACAAAAAAUCUUCCACAUCAACAAAAAAUCGACAACAGACCUGUCACCACUAAAAGUCAUUCAAGGAGUACGUGAUCUACUCAGAAAAUGUGUAAUUGUAGUAGGCGAAGACAGAAUUUCUAUUCAAGCCAACGAAAACGCUACGUUGCUCUUCCAAUGUUUGGUCAGAUCGACUUUAUGCGCAAAACUAGUAUCAGAACAGUACAGACUUACUACAGAAGCCUUUGAGUGGUUGCUGGGAGAAAUCGAAACUCGUUUUCAACAAGCUCAAGUAAAUCCUGGCGAAAUGGUUGGAGCUUUAGCUGCCCAAUCGCUUGGAGAACCUGCCACUCAAAUGACACUGAACACUUUCCAUUUUGCUGGUGUGUCUUCAAAGAACGUAACCCUUGGUGUGCCACGUUUGAAGGAAAUUAUUAACGUUUCCAAGAAACCCAAAGCUCCAUCUUUGACUGUGUUUUUAACAGGAGCUGCUGCCCGGGAUGCUGAGAAAGCUAAAAAUGUUCUAUGUCGUCUUGAACAUACAACUUUAAGGAAAGUUACAGCUAAUACUGCUAUUUAUUACGAUCCAGAUCCUCAAAAUACUGUUAUUAGUGAAGAUCAAGAUUUCGUUAAUGUUUAUUAUGAAAUGCCUGACUUUGAUCCAACAAGAAUUUCUCCCUGGUUGUUGCGUAUUGAAUUGGAUAGAAAAAGAAUGGUUGAUAAAAAAUUGACAAUGGAACAAAUAGCUGAAAAGAUUAAUGCUGGUUUUGGUGAUGAUUUGAAUUGUAUUUUCAACGAUGAUAAUGCUGAUAAAUUGGUACUACGUAUCAGAAUUAUGAAUGGCGAUGACGGAAAGUUUGGAGAAGGGGAAGAAGACGUCGAUAAGAUGGACGACGAUAUGUUUCUCAGAUGUAUUGAAGCUAAUAUGUUGAGUGAUAUGACUUUACAGGGAAUUGAAGCUAUUUCAAAAGUGUAUAUGCACUUACCUCAAACAGAUUCAAAGAAAAGAAUCAUUAUUACUGAUACAGGCGAAUUUAAAGGUAUUGCUGAGUGGCUUUUGGAAACUGAUGGUACAAGUAUGAUGAGGGUUUUGUCUGAACGAGACGUAGACGCUGUUAGGACUGCUUCUAACGAUAUAUGUGAGAUAUUUUCGGUGUUAGGUAUCGAAGCUGUCCGUAAAUCAGUGGAAAAAGAAAUGAACGCCGUUCUUCAAUUUUACGGUCUCUACGUAAACUACCGUCAUUUGGCCCUAUUGUGUGACGUAAUGACUGCAAAAGGUCAUUUGAUGGCCAUCACACGUCACGGUAUCAACAGACAAGACACUGGAGCUCUUAUGAGAUGCUCCUUCGAGGAAACUGUGGACGUAUUAAUAGACGCAGCUGCUCACGCAGAAGUGGAUCCCAUGAGAGGUGUGUCUGAAAACAUCAUUAUGGGUCAAAUGCCUCGAAUGGGCACUGGUUGCUUCGAUUUGCUACUCGACGCGGAAAAGUGUAAAAUGGGCAUGCACAUUCCUCAAGCACAAGGCGGUGAAGCUGCUUCCGGAAUGUUCUUUGGAUCGGCUGCCACGCCUAGUAUGACCCCUGGAGCUAUGACGCCUUGGAAUCAAGGAGCGACUCCGUUUAUUGGAAAUGCCAGCGCUUGGUCACCACAUAAUAUCAACAUGGGUAGUGGUAUGACUCCUGGAGGGCCAGCUUUUUCACCUUCAGCGGCUUCGGAUGCAUCCGGCAUGUCUCCAGCUUAUGGUGCUUGGUCACCAGCGCCGCACUCGCCGGCAAUGUCUACGUUUGGCCAGUCUCCUGGAUACUGUUCAUCCAGUCCCGCCUUCCACCCCACGUCUCCAUCCAUGACUCCUGCUUCACCAGUAUAUUCUCCUACUUCACCAGGCUAUGCUCCCACGAGUCCUGGUUAUGGGCCUAGCAGUCCUGGUUAUUCGCCGACAAGUCCUCAUUAUUCACCAACUUCUCCGUCAUAUUCUCCUGCUAGUCCUAGGUACUCGCCUACAAGUCCUAGCUACUCGCCGACUAGUCCGAGUUAUUCGCCUACUUCGCCAUCUUACAGUCCUACUUCACCGAGUUAUUCGCCUACAUCGCCUUCUUACAGUCCAACAAGUCCAAGUUACUCUCCAACAAGUCCUAGUUAUUCACCAACAAGUCCAAGCUAUUCGCCUACGAGUCCUAGUUAUUCUCCUACGAGUCCUAGCUAUUCUCCUACGUCUCCGUCUUACAGUCCAACAAGUCCUAGUUAUUCGCCCACAAGCCCAAGUUAUUCACCUACUUCACCUUCUUACAGUCCAACAAGUCCAAGCUAUUCGCCUACAAGUCCAAGUUAUUCACCCACUUCACCCUCUUACAGCCCAACAAGUCCGAGUUAUGCUCCUUCUUCUCCUAGAUACACCCCGGCCUCUCCAAGUUACUCUCCAUCUUCACCAAGAUAUUCUCCAACUUCGCCACAAUAUUCACCAACUUCUCCGAGUUAUUCACCCACAAGCCCGAGCUAUUCACCAGCUUCCCCAAAUUAUUCUCCUGCUUCACCAAGUUAUUCGCCUUCUUCGCCUCAAUAUUCUCCAGCUUCACCAAAUUAUUCACCCACGAGUCCUAGCUAUUCUCCAAGCAGUCCUCAACAUACACCAGGCAGUUCAAAAUAUUCCCCAUCGUCUCCUAAUUAUUCUCCUACUUCACCGCAAUAUUCUCCUCAAAGUACCAAGUAUUCACCCACUUCCCCUACCUAUACUCCAACAAGUCCGAGUUAUUCACCAGGAUCACCAUCUUAAGAUGUGUUGUGAAUAUACAUAUUUUUUAUUCUAUUAUAUUAUUAUUUAAGUCAGUGGGCAUAUGAUAUUGAUAUAUCAUGUAGCUGAAAGUAUUUGUAGGUGCCCCUUUUUUUGAAUUUCUUCUUAUUUUCUGCAAAAUAUGCAUUAUAUUAUUAUUCAAACUAUCUAGAUUACAAGUAGAUAUAGGAUUUAUUUGUAGAAAAUUAAUGUUACAAAAAUAAACUAUGUAUUAUAAACUAA